AGGAGAGCUCGAAGCUUGUCGCCAUGGCAAAGCAUCAUCCCGAUUUGAUCAUGUGCAGAAAGCAGCCAGGCAUUGCCAUCGGUCGCCUUUGUGAGAAGUGUGACGGGAAAUGUGUCAUUUGCGAUUCUUAUGUCAGACCGCACACUAUGGUCCGCAUCUGCGAUGAAUGUAACUAUGGUUCGUAUGAAGGGCGUUGUGUGAUCUGUGGAGGAAUGGGAAUCUCCGAUGCCUUCUACUGCAAGGAAUGCACCGUCCAGGAGAAGGACCGCGAUGGCUGCCCGAAGAUCGUCAACCUGGGAAGUGCAAAGACCGAUCUCUUCUACGAGCGGAAGAAGUAUGGUUUCAAAAAGCGCUGAUCUUGGUGCCUCGCCCAUUUUUUCCAGCUGCAGCAGGAGAAGUCUUCCUGCUCAGUGAGGUUUUUCAGUCUCCUCGGUGCCUGAGGGGCAACAGGCAUGCGAUGAGGAAGAAGUGGCGCGAGGUCAAGAAGUUGUCUGAGCUCAAUGAUAAGGAUUUUAAGUGCUUGCUGUCUAAUGCAAGAGUAAAUCAUCGGGAAUCGC